UAUAGCUACAAGUAAAUUAUUUCCAUGUCUUAUAAAUUAUUUAAAUACAAUGACUUUUUACGAAAAUAUAAAAGAAAAUUUAACGACACAAAUAUACGAAUUAGAAGUAUUACAAUCAGUUUAUCCAGAAGAAUUAGUCGUCAGCGAUCACGGAAUUUUAGCUGACAUAAAUCAUUUUAUUGAAUUUCCUCAAGAAGAACCUCCACGAAGAUUGGAAUAUAUUAUAAAGAUUUCUGAGAAUAAUGCAACAAUUGAGCUGCAAGUAUGUCUGCCAACUAAUUAUCCACAAGAAAAACCUGAAGUUUAUGCGAGAACUUCCAUUUUAGAUCGAACUCAACAAUUACUUUUAAAUGAAGCACUUGCAAGUUUUUUAAAUGAGAAUGAAAAAGGUGAGCCUUGUAUAUAUUCAUUGAUAUCAUGGUUACAAGAUAACAUAGAGAAAUAUCUUAAAAAUUCUAAUGUGAAUAAAGAAAAAAAUAAUGAAAAUAAAAAGAAAAAACAUGAGCAAGGUAAUGAAUUAAUAUUUGCUAGAUAUUGGAUCUAUAGUCAUCACAUAUAUAAUAAACUUAAAAGAAGAGAUAUAGCAAAUUUAGCAAAAGAGUAUUCUCUCACUGGAUUUUGCCUGCCUGGGAAGCCAGGAAUUAUUUGUAUAGAAGGUACAGAUACAAACUGUGAACUCUGGUGGCAAAAGAUAAAAGUUAUGAAUUGGCAUAGAAUUCUCAUAAAAUUAAUAGAAGAUGAGAUUUUAGACAAUGAAAAAAAUAUAAAUACCAUGCGUAAAUACCCUAACUUUCAAGAAAUAUCUUUUCCUAGUUCAGAUCGUCAUAAUGAUAUGGGACAGUUACUUACAUAUUUAACUGAGCAUCAAUCUCAACAUGUUUUUAAUAACAUUUUUGGUAUCAAAGAAAAAUUUACCCAUUAAGUAAUCAUUUAAA